AUGAGUGAGCGUGCAAAUACUCCAAAGAAGACCGUCAACAAAGGAAGAAGGCAAAAACCUUUGUCUGUGAAUGAUUUUUGCAGGUUGUGUAAAUGUCCUUUGAAAUUGAAAUUCGGAAAUUUUGAGAAAACCUCAUACGUAUCUUCUGAACAGCUUUUCAAGCCACCAUAUAGGAAAGAUUGUAGUGAGAAGACUUUGUGUGAACUGCUGACGGAGUUAAAUAUAUUCGUUGAAAGGAAAGCAGAGUUAUCUGAACGGGUUUGCAAAUCUUGUGGUCGGAAAAUACGGAAUGCAAACGGCCUUUUUGCGUGGAUAAUUUCUUUGGUCAACGUGCCUAAUUUUGACGAUGAAAACUCUGGCAGAGAGCAACGCGUAUUAGCCCUGAACGCAGUCCGCAAGCAAAAAAACAACCGAAAUCUUCAAUUGAAAGAAAGACAAGCGCCAAAAAAUCAAGAACAACGGAAGGUGAUGCCGACGAAAAUAAUGAAAAAGAUAAUCGCGCUGCCUGGCUAUAAUUUUUGA